AUGAAUUAUUAGAAUGUUCCGAAAAUUGUAUUACAUGUGAUUUUUCAAAAAGGAACUAUUGUUUAAGUUAUAGUGAUGAAAACAUCACAUUUCGGUAAUUAGUAAAUGGGGUUUGCGUUUGCAAUUUCGGUUAUUAAGCAGUUACAUAUUAAUAUAUAAAUAUGCAUGCGAAGUUUAUACUUGGGAUAAGAGAUUGCUGACAUUUAAAUUCAAGACUGAUACAUCUAAUCAAUAUUAGUAAACUGUAGUAAAGCUUUUCGAAAGUAAUAGUAAUAUUUUUAGUUAGUUGACUAAAUUAAUUAAGGCUUCAUAUUUAUAAGGUACCGCAACUAGUUCAGUCUCAAAAUAUUAUUGUGAUUUAGAAUAAAAUUAGAAGAAAAUUUUCUUUAAAAGUGAUAUUCCUAUGUUGGUUAGUACUAUUAAAAAUUCGAUCAAAAUGCUUUGCAGUUUGAUAUAUCUAUCUAAAAGAGAAACAAAGUGUACUUUAGAAGUUUGGUUCAACUCCUUCAAUUUCAUAAACCUCAUAUUACUACACUAGUCGAGUUUUGUGAAUAUAAUGGAAUACAGGAAUGUUAAAUAUUAAAAGGAUUAAGCAGUUUAUAUUUAGGGAAGUAACAGGAAAAAUUACAAGAAGAUGAUUUCUAGCUGA